AAUCCUAAUACUCCCGCCUCAGAGGUUGCAGGCCCGCUCCGGAGGUGACCGGAGGUUGUACGUCCGCUUCGGAGGUGUGUAAGGACGCUGGGGAUUUGGUGCGUACGGUCAGGGAUAGUACGGAGCGGAUCCGGAUAUUGUCAGGGGAUCUGGAGAGGAUACCGUGACAGCUGACCUCAAAGGUGAGAUCAGUGAUAUGAAAGAGCUUGGGAUGUCCCUCUGCAAGGUGUAUAUGGCUCGGGCUCAGGCCUCAUUGGUGGAGGAUUUGGUCAACAAAGGUACUGAUAAAAGUACUUCAGAUGCCUCCGCAUCUACGGCUCCUAUUACUCCAGAUAAGUCAGGCAACUUUGAUGCAUUUGGCAGUGGCGUACCCUCGUACAGGCUCCUCCAAGCGUUUUUUUCGUAUUGGCACGACCAGGAGAAGGACGACGCCCCUCAAGCCUGUCUUAUUGUUGACCUGGCCAAGGUAUUAGUUGGUCGUGGCUGGAGCGUAGAGUCCCUCCGGGAUCCUAGUAAACUAUCACUUUCAAUGUGGUGUGAUGACAUGGGAUACUUUGCGAUAACGCUUGGCAGAAUGAGGUCUAUGUUAGAAGACUUCAUUGCCUUGCCUAAUUGGAGACGAUGGGUGGAUGUAAGGCAUGGCUGGGAUCAACUUGUGUUCGAUUCUGACUAUUUAUCCCGGGUGGCGGCGGAGGCGGAUGAUUAUGGUGAUCAUAUGGUUGACGUUGCUGGGUCGUAAUUUCUGGCGUUGCUAACUGGAAUCUUGCAUCAACGUUUAUAGAUAAAAGUAUAAAAAAAAUUCAGGCGCUGUUUCUAUAUAUCUUUCUGAGCUCUCACACCAAGCGACAAGUAAAUUAGACGUUGUAGUGGUGUUGUGAUGAUGGCCAUUCAAGCGAAAGUUUUGAAGUUGAAGCAACGCUCACCCUAAACAACUCCUCUGCUAUCUAACCUUACUAUGUUUAGGCAUCUCACUCCACCCCUCAGCAACAACGAGCGAUGGUGACAAGUCUAAAGUGAGUUGUGAGAUCAUGCUUUUGGGUAUACCAGAUUAAUUGCACAUAUCAAUUUGGC